AUGAGGUUGAAGAUUUUGGCGGUCGGCGUUUCCUCGAGCUCGGCGGCUUCGUCCUGCAACGUGCUCGGCCAGUCUCUCGUCAUCUUCUCUGCUUGGACGGUCCAAAAUCAAAAAGAGCACGUCAAAUCUCGACAAAAGAGCAGCUGGAAGAUUGAUAUUUUCGUUUGGCGACAUCUUGGUGUUGUAUCUUCCGUAAAGCGGGUUAGCAGCUGCCAAAAUCGAUGCCCUGGCGUUCAGGGUGGUGGUGAUUCCAGCCUUGGAGAUAGAAAUCGUCUGCUGCUCCAUCACUUCGUGAAUAGCAGUCCGGUCAGACUCCUCCAUCUUGUCGAACUCAUCAAUACAGCAGAUACCAUUGUCGGCCAGCACCAAGGCACCUCCUUCCAGAACCAUCUCGUCGGUGAUUGGGUCUCUCAUCACGGCUGCAGUCAAUCCGACUCCAGAAGAACCUUUACCGGUAGUGUACACACCUCUUGGAGCGAUGGUAGAGAUGGACUUGAGCAGCUGCGACUUGGCGACUCCGGGAUCUCCCAUCAGCAACACGUUGAUAUCACCUCUAAUUCUCAUUCCGUCGCCCAUCUCCUUUGGAGAAGCCCCAACAAGAAGCAGCAAGAGAGCUUUCUUGAUGUCUGUAUGGCCAAAGAUUUCUGGAGCAAUCGAGUUGGCGAGUCUCUCAUAUGUCUCUGUCAACAAUCCGGCUCUCAGAGCACGGAAACCAGUGUAUGGGGCAGGCAAGAAAAUUCCGGCAACAUCAACAAUGUCUCCUGGGUUCAUAGACCGCACAAGGUCUCCGUUAACGUGGAUGGUAAGUGUUCUUGGAAUAUGACCGACAGGAACCUGGUUUGCAAGUUCUUGGAUCUUGACGUCCUGGAAAGCAGAGAACUUCGAGGCUCUGGUACUUGGGAACAGUUUUCCGCGAUGCUGGUUGCUCAUACAUCUUUCGGAAGUGCACUCAGUCAAAGGAGUAAAGGUUCUGGUGUUGACUUCUUGGAAAAUCUCAAAUCCACACGUAUCACAAGUAUAUGCGGUGACUUUCACGGUUGGCUUGACAUCGCUCACUCUGGUGACGAUUCCUCUCACAGUGAUCAGCUUUCCCAAGCAGGAGCCUUUCACGUCUCGCACGGCGAGGGCUUUUCCUCCCUUUGCGCUCACGGUAAGUGGUCGGAAGUAGAUGAAGUACCGUCUGGUCAAUUGGGGUGGAAACAAGUUUGGAGUCUCAACAUUUCUCAAGUCCUCGGAGUCCUCGCCCAACUGGGUCUCGGCAAGCUCCUCACGGUGCUCGUUUUCGAUUCGCGCAUUUCUGAGUUUUCUCUGGUGGAUAAUCACAUCCAGCACGUCGUCUUUAUGGGAGAUGUUAACUGUAGGGUCAGGCAUGAUUUCGUCCACAACUUGAGAGAACAACUCGACAUAGUGGUAGGUAUUGUUGACAAUUAG